CACACCUCCGAACACAACACCGUCUCUAAUCAUGUCGUGUGGCCGCUCCGACCCUCACUGUUCCCGGCUACUGCUGCUGCUGUGGGUCGGUCUCUGCUAUGGAGCCGUGGAGGAGGAACCCAUGCAGCGGUACCAGGACUUGUGCAGUUAUAAAUGGGAGGCUUUGGACCGGGAUAAUAAUGUGAAAUAUACUCUGAAGCUGUGCGACUCUUCACCAUCGACCGGCUGCAGCCCUGAAACGGCCGUCUGUGCACAAGACCUGACCAGCAGCAGCUAUCAGUCAGUCGGUGAUUUGUCUCUGAAGAGUCUCUCCGGCUCCGUGAUGAACUUCAACAGCUCCGUGAAAUGUUCAGGACACGAAAACAACAUUCAGACCAGCAUCAGCUUCCUGUGUGGGAAAACCAUGGGAACCCCGGAGUUCGUGGCUGUGUCUCAGUGUGUUCAUUACUUCGAGUGGAGGACUUACACCGCCUGCAAGAAGAACAAGUUCAAACCACACAAAGAGGUGCCAUGCUUCAUGUUUGACUCUGACGGGAAGAAGCAUGACCUCAGUCCUCUGAUCAAAGUGAGUGACGGCUACCUGGUGGACGACGGAGACGACACCAUCGACUUCUACAUCAACAUCUGCCGCAGCCUCAACCUGCAGGAUAAACCCUGUGAACCUGGAGCAGCAGCCUGUCUGAUCACCAGCAGCGGCUCCUUCAACAUGGGAUCACCCACCAGCGCUCUGCAGCUGCUCUCCAGUGACAGUCUCAGGGUUAAGGUUAGGGUUAGUUUUUAUUUCGACCUGUCCCCCCUCACCAAACCCAGCGGUUCUUAUUAUAACCUGAGCAGUGGCAGCUAUGAUUACUUCAUCAACGUGUGUGCUGCGGUUAAAGCUGCUUCCUGUCCAGAGAAAGCUGGAGCCUGUCAGGUGGAGAAGAGUGCUUGGAGUCUGGGUGAAGCUAACUCCCGCCUGUCUUACUAUGACGGUCAGAUCAAGCUCACCUACAGUAACGGCUCUCAGUACAACAACAAGCACACACUCAGAUCCACCAGCAUCUCCUUCCUCUGUGAUCCCGAAGCCGGAGCCGGAAAACAGAAUUCCAGGAAGGAAGAUAACUACACGUAUAACUUCCUGUGGUACACUUCCUGCUGUCCUGAGACUCCUCAUGAGUGCAUGGUGACUGAUCCCAAAACCCUGGACCAGUACGACCUGUCCAGCUUGUCUCGCUCCUCCUCUGGUAAGAACUGGCAGGCGAUGGAUUUAUCUGAAACCAUGAACCUGAAGAAGUAUUACAUCAACAUCUGUCGGCCAAUCAACGCUGUGCAGGGCUGCGACCGCCACGCCUCAGUCUGUCAGAUGAAAUACGUCUCAGAGCAGGGCGUUCCUAAGGAAGUGGUGUCAGUCAGUAACAUGGGAAUCUCUAAGCGAGGUCCGGUCAUCGUGGCGAGGGAUAGGCUGCUGCUGGAGUUCACCGACGGCUCCGCCUGCAUCUCAGACGGCCUGAAGCUCACCUACACCACCCGCAUCCACCUGGUCUGCUCCAGAGGAACCGUGUCGAUGGGACCUCGUUUCCUGAUGUACCAGAACUGCACCGCGACCUUCAUGUGGGAGACCAGAGCAGCCUGCGCCAUCACUACCACCAAGAACACGAGCUGUGCUGUGGCAGAUCCAAACAACGGCAUCGAGUUCAACCUUCAGCCUCUGGCCUCAAAGGACGGAUACAAGGUCAACGCUAACGGGAAGGACUUCCUGCUGAACAUCUGUGGAGACUUGGCCGUGUGCGGAGAGGGAAUGUCCGGCUGUGAGAUGGAAGACGGACACGCGCUCAGUCCGGUGGGUUUGGAGAGAAGCCUCGAGUAUUCCUCUGAUGGACUGCUGAAGCUCGUUUAUAAGGGACCAAGAGACGACACAACAGCCACCAGAGACACGUUCACUAUAAACUUCGUGUGUGAUCAGAAGGCUCUGAGCGGCUCGUUGAAGAUGCUGCAGGAGGAUCUGAGUUCUCUACCAAACCACGUGGUCCAUGAUGUUCUCUUUGAGUUCUCCACGGCUCUGGCCUGCGUCCCUGCUCCUGUUAACUGCAGGAUCUUUGACACUCAGGGUAACGAGUACGACCUGAGUCACCUGAUGCGUGACAACGACGACAGCCCUUGGGUUGCCAUGGAUACCGACUCCAGCACAUCACGCAGCUUCUACAUCAACGUCUGCAGACCCCUCCCCCCUGUGAAGGAGUGUCCAGUGGGUCCUUUGGGUGCCUGCGGGGUGAUCGAUGGGACCAGUUCCAACCUGGGAUACGUCCAGUCCAGCCCUCAGGUGGCGGAGGACGGCUCCAUCAGCAUCGUCUACCACAACGGAGACAAGUGUGGAGCGUCGGCUCGAUACUCCACACGCAUCAUCUUCCAGUGUGACGACAAUCCGGGCUCCCCCAUGUUUGACCGUAAGGACGGCUGUGAGUACGUCUUCAUCUGGAGGACGUCUGAGGCCUGUCCAAUCAGGAAGUCUCAAGGCGAUGAGUGUCGUGUUCUGGACCCUCGGAGCGGCUACGAGUUCGACCUGAGCUCUCUGAAAGAUAAAGAUUACUCCAUCAGGAGCGAUAAAUACAUCUACCACCUGUCCGUGUGCAGCGGCCUCCAGAAAGGAGUCUGCACCCACAAAGACACCGGCAGCGACAAGGUGUCCUCCUGUCAGGCUGACGGCUCCAACCACAAGAUCGCAGGACUGGCGAACCAGGUUCUGAGCUAUGUUGGAGAUCAGCUGAUCCUCAACUACACCGCUGGAGAUACGUGCCACAAGAUCUACCAGAGAUCCACUGAGAUCUACUUCUCCUGCCAUCCUGACAUGCAUCCUGGCACUCCAGAGUUCAUCAAGGAGACUCCAGAGUGCACCUACCUGUUUAACUGGCCCACUGCUCUGGCCUGCAUCCCAGUAAAGACCACCAGCUGCUCCUACAACGACGGUCACGGUCACUCAUACGACCUUUCACCUCUGGCCAUGGAGACCCAGAACUGGGAGGUGGAGCCGACCACGAGCGACACCAAGAACACGUUUUACAUCAACGUGUGCAGAUCUCUGGUGCAGCAGGGAGGCUCGUGGAAGUGUCCGUCCAGCGCAGCGUCGUGUCUGAAGGUGGGGGAUGAAUACAUGAGUCUGGGUCAGCUGCAGUCCGGUCCUACGUGGGACAGGAACGUGCUGAAGCUGCAGUACGGCAGCGGACACGUCUGUCCUGACGGAGUCCGAAACAAGAGCAGCAUCAUCCGCUUCAAGUGUGACAAAGACAGAGUGGACUCUCGGCCGACUCUCAUCUCAGCCAUAGAGGACUGUGUGUAUACCUUCCUCUGGUUAACAGCUGCAGCUUGUCCUCUAAACACGACUCAGCAUGAUGACUGUAGAGUCACUAACCCAGCUACAGGUCACCUGUUUGAUCUGAACAGUCUGAGGCAGGAAGGAGGUUACACUGUGUACGAUCACCAGGAACACAGAACCAUGUUCCGCAUGAACAUCUGUGGGAACGUCACCAACGCUGGAUGUUCUCCAGAUACCGCGGUGUGUAUCAAGGACCAGACCUCGGUGCUGAGUGGGGGUCAUGUGAGCAGUAAACUCUCCUACAAGGAUCACGUUGUGGAGCUGACGUAUGAAGCAGGAAGUCCGUGUUCUGCAAACCCCCACCUCACACACAAGACCAUCAUCCACUUCAUCUGCAGACCUCCUCACAUGAGCUCAGCUCCUCCAGAACCCGUCCUCACCGGAUCCAACGCUGACACCUGCACACACUUCUUCUCCUUCCACACACACCUGGUCUGCGAACAGCCUGUGACGUGUUCGGUCCAGAACGGUUCCUCUCUCAUAGAUCUGACUCCUCUGAUUCACGUCAGCGGAUAUUACACAGCUACAGAUGAAACCGUGGAUCAGAGCGACGGGUCUCCAGACUUCUACAUCAACGUGUGUCAGCCUCUGAACCCGAUCCCAGGAGUCAUCUGCCCCCCCGGAGCCGCCGUCUGUAUGGACCCUGAUAACGGACCGCCUAUCGAUAUUGGGCGGACCACCAGCGGUCCUCAGAUCAGCAGUGCUACGGGUGAAGUAACGAUCACGUAUCAGAGCUCCACUAAAUGUGAAUCCGACCCUUCAAAGAAUUACACGUCUACGAUCAUCUUCACCUGCCAGAGAGGACUGGAGCUGGGCUCUCCUCAGAUGCUCAGGCAGCAGCAGUGUGUGUAUCUCUUUGAGUGGGCGACUCCGGUCGUGUGUUCAGACGCGACUCAAACCAGCGGCUGCAAACUCACCGACUCUCAGCUGCAGUUCACCUUUGACCUCUCUGAGCUCAGCGGGGAAGUACAGGUCCCGGUCGGGUCCAGCAGCUACCGGAUCAACGUGUGCGGCUCGGUGAAGGAUCCGUCCUGUAAGAGCAGCGCCGUCUGCCGCGUCACCGGCUCCGGCUCGGACCAGACGGCCUCGUCGUUCGGCAACAGCAAAGCCAUGACGAUGGACUUCAAACACGAGGAGCAGGCGGUGCUGAUGCAGUACGGAGGAGGAGACCCCUGCCCCCCUGUGACGGAUGGAGACGAAGCGUGUGUGUUCCCCUUCACCUCCAUGAAGAAGAAGUACACACAGUGCACCACAGACGGCAGGACAGACGGCAGGAAGUGGUGCGCCACCACCGCUAACUAUGACACGGACAGGAAGUGGGGAUUCUGCCAUGAAGCGUCCGCUAAGCGCCAGUCGUCCAUCCUGUUCACGUGUGACGAGUCAGCGGGUCACGGCUCUCCUCAGCUGCUCGCGGAGACGGAGGAUUGCUCGGCGACUUUCUCGUGGAAGACCAGCGCAGUGUGUCCUCCGAAGAAGAUGGAGUGUAAACUAGUGAGCCAGCAUCAGACCUUCGACCUGCGGACGCUAUCCUCCCUCACCGAGCCCUGGAAGUUCAGACACAACACAGACUCAUACUUCAUCAACCUGUGUCAGGGGAUCCAUGGAGGAUUACUGGGAUGUCCAGAAGGAGCGACGGUCUGCAGACACACAGCAGCAGGAACCACUCAGACGCUGGGACGAGUACACACUCAGAAAAUGAGCUUCAAAGAUGGAAACAUCUCCGUCAGUUACUCAGCAGGAGACGAUGUUUGUGGGAACGGAGUGAAGGCGAAGACGCUGAUCCAGCUGAGCUGCGGCACCACGGUGGGACGCCCGGCCAUCAUCAGUAUCGACCAGGCGUCCUGUCAGUUUGUGAUUGGCUGGGCGACUCGGUCAGCGUGUGCGGUGAAGCAGCAUGAAGUGACGAUGGUGAACGGAACGAUCCAAGUUCCUGAUACUGGAGCCAGUCUGAGUCUGGGAGUGCUCUACUUCAGCCAUCAUCAGGCGUCUGGAGACAUCCGACCCAACGGAGACCGCUACAUCUAUCACAUCCAGCUGUCGGGAAUCACCGACAACUCUCUGCCCAAAUGUGUGGGAGCCAACAUCUGUCAGGUGAAACUGAACGGACCGAACAGACGCAAGAUCGGCUCCUCCAGCGAAGCAAAGUACUACAUCAAAGGAGGAAACCUGGACGUGAUGGUGUCGUCUCAGUCCGACUGCGGCCGGGAGAAAAGCAAGAAGGUGUCGUCCACCAUCAUGUUCCACUGUAACCCGUCAGCGGGGGUCGGCAUCCCCGAAUUCAUGCUGGAGACGGACGAGUGCCAGUAUCUGUUUGUGUGGCACACCGACGCCGUGUGUGGACUCACGACUGUGAACACAGACUCUCUGGAUGAUGACGGCGCUCCAGGUUUGUCCAGGAGGAGCCAGGCGGUGGGAAUAGUGCUGAGCCUGCUGCUGGUGGGACUGACUGUGUGUCUGCUGGGACUGCUGCUGCACAAGAGAGAGAGGAGAGAGCUGGUGAUCCAGAAGGUUGCCGGCUGCUGCAGGAGAGGAAACCAAGUCUCCUAUAAAUACUCCAAGGUCAACAUGGACGAAGACGCAGGUGAAGACGAGAUGGAGUGGUUAAUGGAGGAGCUCGAAGCCCCUCCCACCUCUUCCUCCUCUUCCUCCUCCCAUCGGGGCAGGAGUAACCACGGCAACGGCCACAUCACGACGAAGCCGGUGAACACGGACGGGCUUCGCUCCUUCUCGCUGGAUGAGCAGGACGAUGACGACAGCGAGGACGAAGUGCUGAGCUUCCCGGGAGUGAGAGUGGUCAAACCUUCCUCCUCUGUUUCCAAAAACUCAGCGGCUCAUCUCAGCGCUUUCCUCCAGGAGGAGAGCGACGAGGACUUGGUCGGCCUCCUGGACGAGUCAGACAGGAAGAGGAAGAGCGGCAAACCUCGCUCUUCCACCCGUAGCCACGGUAACAACAACACGGCAGCCAACAGGAAACGGGACGAGGAAGACAGUGACGAGGACCUCCUCAGGGUGUGAUGUCA